CCGUUUGCUGUUGGCUAGCUGUAUCUGUCAAGUCCACUCACUAUGGGUUGUACUACAGCGAUCAACCAAUAACCAACGAUAAACUGAACCUAUUAACAGUCUAUAAUAAAAUCACAUGCCUUCAUAUCACGCUAAGAGGCCACGGAUGUAACACAGUGUCUGAAUCUAACAGCUAAAUGAUGUUUCAGAGAACCUUGUUGUCAGCUGGCCGACUUCUGUCAGGGACGGUCAAGCAAUCCCCGAGCCCCCGUGCCUUCUGCACCACCCCAAGGACAGCCGCCUUCAACCAACCCCUUUCCCCUGAUGUUCUUCCCCGACCAGCUGGUGUCUGUACGAUGAUGAGACUCCCGUCACAAGAAACCACUAAGGGUUUAGAUGUAGGUUUCAUUGGUGUCCCCUUUGAUCUCGGGGUUGGGUACCGGAAUGGUGCCAGGAUGGGGCCGAGGUUUGUGAGAGUUGAGUCGGCCUACCUUAAAUCACUCAAUGCAAGCACAGGUGCUGCCCCGUUCGAGUCUCUGCAAGUAGCAGAUGUCGGUGACGUCAGACUGAACCAGUAUAAUGCGGUUACCGCUUGCGAAGACAUCCGAAAAUAUUACUCCAACAUAGAGUGUGUCCCGCUGACGAUAGGGGGAGAUCACACUAUCACAUACCCUAUACUACAGGCUUUGAAGGAGAAGCAUGGACCUAUGGGCCUGAUACAGCUUGACGCCCACACAGAUACAGUGGACAAUAUAGCCGGGGACACUAUCUGCCACUCCACCCCCUUCAGACGCGCCGUGGAGGAUGGUUGUAUCUUACCAGAGAAGACGGUGCAGAUUGGCAUUCGUGGAGGCGGGUACUCAAUGGACUAUGUACAGUGGGGCAUUGAUCAGGGUUUCCGUGUGGUCCGCGCUGAGGAAUGCUGGCACAAGUCACUUAAACCUCUCAUGGAAGAAGUAAGAGACAUGAUGGGAGAUGUACCGGUAUAUGUGACCUUUGACAUCGACGCCCUUGACCCUGCGUACGCUCCGGGGACAGGUGCGUUGGAGAUCGGUGGACUGACGCCAAUACAAGCGUUGGAGGUGAUCCGGGGCUGUAGAGGCCUCAACGUCAUCGGCGGCGAUGUUGUGGAGGUGUCGCCGCCCUACGACAACAAUAGUAUGACGUCAAUGGCCGCAGCUCAUUUCUUGUUUGAGAUGCUAUGUAUUCUUCCCGGUGUCAAAUAUUAUCCGCUGUGAUCUCAUAAAUGAAACCUCUCAAAGUGUUGCUCAGGAAGUCAGCCUUCACCGACUGACAUCUCAAGAAAGAGCUACUGGGGCCGUGUUUCACAUCUCGUUUGUUAUGUUCUGGUUUGUUAAAAUCGAUUGAAAUACUUACAUCACACCACGCCGUGUCGUCCUCGCCAUCUUCUUUGUCGCAUCGCACGAAAACGCGGUCCUCAUAUGAACCUGACAUAAGCAGCAACCGAUUGCAGUUGGUAACGAUAGUAUAAUAUGUAAAUGAGAAAAAGGACAUGCGUCGAAAUACCUUUGACAGCUGAUCUUAUAUCUGUAUAAACAGGGUAUGUAUUAAUUAUAAAGGACACUUUGUGAUCUGAUGGUUUAAUCACGGCCAAACGGCCAUGUUAAUUCCACUGGUUUACAUACUGAUCUACAAAUAAAACACCUCAC